AUGACCGUCCCCGACCUCCACCCCCAAACCUCCAUCCUCUCACCAGAUCCCCCCACCACCCACCGUCUCAACGCCUGCGCCUACCAACAAAGCGCCCUCACAACCCUCGCCCACACGCAAUACGCCGCCUUCUACACCCCGACGCCCGACCCGACCACGCGCUUCCUCACCCUCGCGCGCCGCGAUCUCUCCAACCAAACCGGUGAAUGGCACCACCUCACCUUCACCGACUACGCCCAGCGCACCGACGACGGCCACAACACCAUCUCGCUGGGCAUCUGCGCCGGCGACGGCACUAUCCACCUGGCCUUCGACCACCACUGCGACACCCUGCACUUCCGCCUCUCCCAGCCGGGUUUGGCGUAUGACACGCGCGAGACAAGCUGGACGGCUGCCAGUUUCGGGCCGGUGCAAUCCCAUCUGCCUGGGUGCAGCACAUUAGUCGAUGUCACUUACCCCCGGUUCAUCUCCGCAGGGAGGAACCUGUUCUUCGAGUGUCGCAUCGGACGAGCAGGCGCCGGCUCAGAAGCCCUAUACGCCUACACCCCAGCCCUAACCACCCCAGCCACAACCACAGAUACACCCACCCUCCAAUCCGCAGAUGCGGGCUCAAAGCUAGGAAGAUACACCCCCCACCCCACGCACCAAGCCCUCUAUCUCCACGGCCAAAACUGCAACCCCUACCCAAACGGGCUCUCCUUCCACCCCCAAACCAACACGCUCCAUCUCACCUGGACGAACCGGCAUUUCGUCCCCUACGACGGAGCAGGGGACCCGACCUCCACCGCGCACAAGGCACAGGCGGGGCCGAACGGGCCCGAGAAUAACGAGGGGCUUUACCAUGUCUUUGCUGAAGUCGAUGACGCUCCCCCGGGAGAGGGGAUAAGCGUGCGGUGGCGCGGGGGUACCGCCAAGGAGAUCCUUGCAACCGGUGCGUUCGGCGCGGACCUCCCAGCUGAGGAGAAAGCGAUAGGGCUGGACUCCCAGGACCCCCGGCUCCGGGUGAGGGAUAUCCCCCGCGGCAGCGGGAUUAUGAAUCAGGAGGGCCAGUUUGUCGAUGCCGAUGGCGGGGUGCAUGUUUUGAAUCGCGAGAAUACCCGCCAGGGCAGGGAGGAGUGGGUGUAUUAUGCUUGUCUUCCGGACGGAAAGGGGAAGGCGGAGGCUAAGUGGGAGAGCUGGGCGUUAGAGGGGGUAUAUCCAACGGAGACGGGGUUAAGGGGCAAGGUGGUUUGCGUUCAGGGUAGGGUCUGGUUUGUCUUGCCGGAAAAUGAGAGGGAGGAGUGGGUGCUGGCGCGGUGGGGGAGGGAGGACGGGUUGGAGGUGGUCUGGAGGGGGAAAGGGUUUACCGGGGAGCCGGUGGUGGAUGAGCGGGCGUUGGUGGAGUUGCGGGUUUUGUCAGUGUUUGGGUUGAGGAUUGCCGGGGAGGGGAGGGAGGUUGUGGUUGUGACGUUUGGGUUGGAGGAGUUGAGCUGAUAGUUUUUGGAGUGGAUGCGCUGUAGGACCGAGUAAGUCGCUUCUAUAUCAACCCUUCGCGGAUGGCUCGAUGAGAAAGAGAAGGACAAGAAUAGGGCGAGGGCUAGGAAACGGAAAUCGUCGGGUGAGAUGCCGAAAGACAGACACUGACGGAAUCUCAAUACGCAAUACAAAG